UUAAACUAGUUUUAAUUUUUAAAAUUUUACUUUGGGUCUUGGAAGGUGGUACAUUGUGGCUUGCAGUGAUGACUUGGUGGUGCUUUGGUGGCUCGCAGUGAUGACUUGGUGGUGCUUGGAGUGAUGGCUUGGUGGUGGCGCUUCUACGUUGCUUGGCUGCUCUUGGUGGUUGUUGGUUUGCUUUUGUGGUUUGGUGGCAUGUUUUUGGUUGGCGGCUUGCUUCUACGGUGUGGUUUUUGUUUAAAUAAAAAUUGAGGGAGGGAGGGCGGGUAUUUUUUAAGCUAGUUUCU